AUGAGUACGGAAGAGACUCUGUUGAAUCUCGAUUUCGACAAACCGAACACAACAGUUACGCCUCCCGAUGACGGCGUGGUAUCUCUAUCAAGUAGCGCUGAGGACAUCUGUUUAGUGCCAGAGGUCGGGUUCGAGGGCAACGUGGAUUCUCCAGGCCUAAACCGGGAGUCGCAGCCGCUCCUGAGCGGUCGCGGCGACUUUGAAGUUUCUUUCAACCAUUUUCCAGAUGACCCGCAGUUCAGCGAGCUCGUGUGGCAGGCGGAGGUGGCCAUCGACAACGGCAUCUUCCCAGAGAGAAUAUACCAGGGCUCCAGCGGUUCUUACUUCGUCAAGAACCCCGGUGGUAAAAUAAUCGGCGUGUUCAAGCCGAAAGAUGAAGAGCCGUACGGCCGCCUCAACCCCAAGUGGACCAAAUGGAUGCACAAACUGUGCUGCCCGUGCUGCUUCGGCAGAUCCUGCCUCAUCCCCAACCAGGGCUACCUCUCGGAGGCGGGCGCGAGCCUGGUCGACUCCAAGAUCGGUCUGAAGGUCGUGCCCAAAACGAAGGUGGUGAAACUGGUUUCGGACGGUGAAACUUGCUCGCGUCGAGGC